AUGUCCUUUGGGCUUUCCGCUGGUGACUUUAUAGCUGUUGGUAAGCUCUGCUGGACAGCCUACGUUGCUUGCAAAGGCGCUUCAUCAGAAUAUGCUGAAGCCAUCAACGAGCUUAGCACCCUUUACCUCAUCCUAAAGGAAAUAGAAUGUGAAGCCCAGGAUCCAAACUCGAUCCUCAACAGACACGGUCGAGGGCAGCAUGCAUAUCUCUAUACCGCAGUUGCCAAUAUUAAGCCCACACUCCAGGAACUCGAGGGCCUUGCCACCAAGUACCGUGCCUUGGGUAGGUCAGAUAAGCGCACUUGGGACAGAAUCAAAUUUGCUGCCGAGCAGGUGGCUGACCUACGUGCGAAACUGAGUUAUCACAUAACAGCAAUCGGCGUUCUUCGAAACGGCAUCUCUUCCAUGGCAAUUGUGAGAAUUGAACGGAUCUUGGAAGAUAUCAAAAAUGAUAUUCAUCUUGGAAAACGGCCUCCAACUGUUUUGUCCGCUCCAACGGAGCCCAGCCAAGCAAGCGUGUCUUCACGGAGAGAGUUGGCAACGGAAUUGAUCGAAGACGGCAUUUCGCAGAUAGAGAUUGAUUCAAAUUGGGAGGCCAUUGUAAGAUAUCUGGAAGAACCAGGCAUUCCGGCAUUGAGCGUGUCCAGUCAGGAUGCUGCAGGGCUAUAUAUUGGGGAGCCACAAUCUACUUCCCAAACAAUAUCCACCAGUGAUGACGGCGAAGGAUGGGAUUCUGUCUCCCAACGUUCGCGGGGAAACCGUAUGCCGCUACCAUCCAUUCCUCACUUUCUGCCCGUGGAGGAAGAGCUUAAGCUCGGUGAGAUGGACCAAAAACACCAUGGCGCUAAUGGAGGCUCUCUACAAUGGAUGGUAGACCAUUUAUUCGAUCAUUUUCGACUUCCUCAUCCUUACAAGACGUAUAUCAGCAGCUCGUGUCUCCUUUUCCCGACCAAUGUUAGGAGGACUAUAUGUGAUUGUACGCCACGCCCCCAUAUCCUGAUGGAACAGAUUCACUUGCUCGCUGGCAUCCGAGAGGGAGAUAUCAUUAUAGAAUUACCAACCCAUUCCACAACGAAACUUUGGGUUCUUGGUAUAACUAGACAAGGAUAUAUUGGAUACUUCUACCGAGAUUGGUUGGCGGAUUUGACUGAAUCGGAUGUUGCUUCUGUGCUAUCUCAUCCACUGGAUAAGUUUCGAAGUAAAGAGAUCCAGGAUUCCCACGCGAGAACAUUCCCGGGCUGCCCAAUCAGCAUAUUCCUAGUCGAAAUACCUGCGGCUCUAGAGAUCCCCCAUAUUUUGGCAACCUAUUGGCAAUACACCUAUCGCUGUUGCCCGGGUCAAUUCAAUAUUAAUCCCUACCUUUACGGUCGGUCAUUUGAGGUUAACAAGAUUACAGGGGCUCCUCCGGAUUGGUUUUCUGAACACCCAAUUCCGACGUGUAUACGAAUUGUUAAUCCAAUUCACAAUCGCUCAGCACAUGCACUCGGCCACCUCGCAAGAAGGUAUCUUGAAAUGCAAGUUCAAGGGGAUCUGACUGGCUACCUGCAAGCGGUUGUGUGUCACAUAUAUCUGGAGUCUACUUCCGAAGAAUCCGCCAAAGAAAUGGAAUCAUCGUUAAACCGCAUUCUGGUAUCAAGCAUGAAUAGGCCAGGACAACAGCCUUCCGAAGCUGGUUUUGUACCCUAUGUACCCUACCACCCGGGCUCGUUUGACCUUAUUCCGGAGGAUCAUAUUCUCGCUCUAUUCUCCUCAUAUUAUUUACACAAACACCAUUACCAUGGUCGAGCAAAAUCUACCCGCCUUGCAUGCUAUGCAAAACUUGAUGUAUCCUUUAAGGAUCUUUCAAGCAUCGAUGCAAGCACAUCGAGGAACCCAGUCAACACACCCCAUAUGGACUCGGGGAAUAUGAAGUUCGAACUAGUAUCUAGUAACAAUACGCCUAGUAUAGGAAAGAAAUCGAUGGGAAUACACUUUGGGCGUGAGAAGGCGCUCGCACAGGAUUUCGAACUGGUCAGAACGUGUAUCGAUAAUUUUCUUCUAGCGGAAUUUGGUUAUGACACUGUUACCACCGCCUUUGUUUCGCGGCAGGAGGCUUAUAAUCUAGUCAACGAGCGACGGCGCCAGGCGAUACUGGGGAAGUCGGCUCAGCCUCAGAGUGGUAAGUGA